AUGCCGCGUGGAAGUGGAUUCGUGCACCUUAACACCCCGGCCGCGAUUUCGUACUCGCCCGGGGAGAAGGUCUCUCUUUCCGAGCUGCGCCACGCACGCCGACGCGAGGACUGUGUUGUGCUGCCGCACACCGUUGGAGUUUGGCGGGCGGCGUUUCGAAGCUACGCGAGGGCAGAGGGGCUGACGCAGUUCGUCGGCGACAUCGAGGCGGAGCGGGAGGGUGAGGGGCCAAUUCUACCUCCGCUGCGGGCGCCACCGUCGGCCGCGGCGGUGAAGCGUCAAGCGCCGCAAGCGCGGGUGCCCCAGCAGAGGGCAGCUGCUCACGGCGAGGGAGCCGACGGCGAUGGGUCGCCGCCUGCGUCUGUGAAGGGCAUCGUGAUUGUGUCUCGCCACAAACUUAGCGGUGAGCAGCGUUUUGUGUAUCCUGACCACGACGGUGUGCUCUCCUCUGGCGUUGUGCCGCAGGUUUUUAUCUCCGAGGAAGAAAAAACAGAGCUCGAGGCUGAUCAGAAACACUACAUUUCACCGCUCGAUCUGCCAGAGGAGGAGCGGGCGGCGCUGGAGGAGCUGCAGAGUUUGUGGAAGAGCCGCGCCAACAGUCGUAGCGAGCAAGGGGCCAAACACCGUGCGGCUGCUGGCACUGCCAUGCCUGACUCGAGCUACGUCGAAGAUGCCGAAGGGGAGGACAGUGGCAGGCAUGCAAAGCGGGCCAGGCUAGAGUCGCGCAUGCACGCAACCGAUGCGGCAGUGGGCUCGGAGUCUAAUACAGGCGACAUGCUAGACGACGCCUUGCGCCUGGCCGGGGAGAUACUGAACCUUAGCUAA